AGAGACAUCAGAAAAUACUGUUCGUUCAUUUCUCUUGUGAAAUUGCAUUCUUCUACUAGUACUACACUUCAUCAGAUCGAUAAAAGAUUUACGAUGGCUGUAGUCUUCACCGCCAGCCUGGUUCUCCUUACCAUAUUGGUGCCAUUAUGCGAGGGGUCAUGCUGCCCGAAUUUCUUCAUGCGAAAAGGCGCCUGGUGCUACCACUACAGCUCCACCAAGAAAGAUUGGAAUGGAGCGAAUUCGGCAUGUAAAGCUCUCGGUGCUGAACUCGUCAGCAUCCAUGGACCUGACGAGAGCAACGAAAUCUAUGGUUUUUGGCAGAGUCUUCUUGACGAGGGUAAAGCAGAUGAUGGUGACUUUUCGUAUUGGAUAGGGUUACACGACUUACAAUACGAAGGUUACUACCAAUGGAGUGACGGGACGGACGUGAACUUCCUACUCUGGCAGUCGGGUGAACCGAACAACAAUGGCAAUGAGGACUGCGUCGCUCCUCGGAACCAAGGGUCCAACGCGGAAAAGCAGUUCUGGAAUGAUUACAACUGCAGCGAAAAGAAGCCUUACUUUUGCCGAUUUCCGAUUUCGUCUUAGUAACUAAUCGCCUCAUCCAAUCUUCCGGGAUAACCACACGGAAACAACGCGGUCAAAAUAACCGCAUAUCAUUGAGAUAUUGGUAAUACUGAUGAGCAAAGAUUGAGAAAAUUCAAAAUUGCAGGCUUAAAAAUUCACUUAAAUCAAAUGUAGAAUGAUAAUGGUUACGAAAUAUUUUGUGUUUUGACAUAACAGUGGUUUACGAGAACGCGUGGACGAUCUCGAUUUUGAAAAUAUGUUACUACUAGUAAUUAAACGAUUCCUUGGUUGAAAAACCAGUCAAUUUCACAUUUUUUUUCAAUCUUCUGUCUGAAUAAACGAUGGACUUUAAUUUGUUUUUGGACUGAUAAUAUUAAAUGGGUAUAUAUCAGCAAAGAAAACAGGAACCAUUUCAUAUUUGAGUCAUCCUCAGGCACUAGCCAGUGGCAGUUUCUUCUUCUUGUACAUAUGCUUUUUUUCUUUGCCGGGAAAUUAAAUAAAUAAGUAAACAAAUAAGUAAACAAAAAUUUGUCAAUUGGUGAAUUAGAGUUGAAAAAAUGUUGUGUGUCGUAAGGGCCAUUUCUGAGUCCCGUACACGACACACAGCAUUUUCACCUUUCGUUAAAAUCAUAAUCAAACAUUUUGCGUUGGUUAUGGGUUUUUCACACGACUACCUGCUAUCAUGACUCUAACUUUAUCAUUGAUGAAAAAGAAAAUUUUAUCGCUUGAAUAUUCAGCCAAGAGAUUAGAAUUUGUGGAAUUAUGGAAUCGCCAAAUCGAUCUGUCCUUUUCGCGUUGAAUUCAUGUGAGUUAUGCUGUAUCACACAAUAAAUUAAAAUUCUUGGCAAAAUAUUGAAAUAUUUCAAUUAACAUUUUUCUGAACACGGAGGGUAUAACGUGACACCACUGCCUUCGUCAUUUUCACUAGUUCGCCUAUCCAAUUAACAUGAAUGCCAUUGUUUGGCAGACAUAUGAAAAUUCAAAAUCACCAAUGCAUGUACAUCCGAAUUUAAUGCAAGUAUUAUGUAAUUUUUUGUUUCUCAAUUUUAUAAAAUCAUUCUUCUUCGGUUCAGACUUCGUCUUCAAAGGUUUAUUUCAGGAUAAUAAACAAUAAAAAUCCGCACAGA